AGAUUUUCAGUUAGUUUCAGACCGGGUUAGAAAACGGUAUCUCGAUUCUUAUAUUCGUUUUAUACGCAGAUUUUUUUUUCCUACAAGUUUCGUAAAAUUUUUCAAGACAUUUACCGCAGUAAUUUGAUGAAACGUUCGGACUCAUGUGAUAUGGAAACCAAAUAAAUAUGGUCGUUUAUUUCGAAAUAAAAAUAUUUUUUAGUUUCGCGCUGCUCUGCACAUGUCUCACUCAAGAAAACGUAACCGAUACCGUAGAACGCAACACGAGUCUUUCAAGAAAAUUGGAUACAUCGAGAAAUAUCACGAUAGCGUUCCUAGGGGCAUACAGCGACCUUAAAUUCUCUUUGGGAGCUUUACUAUUGGCUGUGGAGGAUGUAAAUCACGAUGAUAAUCUAUUGCCUGGAUGGGAGCUGAAUGUGGUAGCUGCUAAUGUAGGCGGGCCUGAGAAACCAGAAGAGAUCAAGGUUGACAGAAGGAAUACACCUUCGGCUUCGUUACCUAUUCGUAAAAUGACUGAGAUGCGGGAUCAAGGAGCGAUGGUGUUUAUCGGACCGGAUGGUACUUGUACUCCAGAGGCAUUGGUGGCUGCUGCGUGGAAUAUGCCUAUGAUAUCUUAUAACUGUGCUGACAACGCUGUUUCCGAUAAGAAUGUUUACUUCACGUUCGCCAGGACGUUGCCACCUUCGUCGAAAGUUUCAAAAUCGGUUGUAUCUUUGUUGAAAACAUUCGAAUGGAGAAAGUUCAUCAUCGUGUCUGGUAAAAAUCCGCCAUGGUGUACUCCAGCAGCCAUCGCAAUUCGAGAUUUAGCAAUCCGUCAUCGUUUAGAUGUGGUUAAAUGGUACCAGUUUUCUGAUUAUAUUCCCAGCCACGUUGAAGAAAUGCAGGAUAUCGUCGACAAAACGUAUACUCGUACUAGAGUAUACAUAUUCAUCGGGGAACACAUUGCUCUUAUGGAUUUUUUAUCUUGUAUGCAAAAGCAUAGAUUACUCGAGACCGGAGAAUAUGUAAUCAUUUCGGUCGACGAUGAUAUGUAUAAACCUGAAGUGGAAAAUUUAUUUCUCAGAGGUGAUUUGGAUCAGCUCAUUCCUGGUUAUCGAUCUGUUCUCAAAGUGACUCAAUCUGUACCGAGGAAUCCUAUCUACAAAACGUUAGGCAGCAUAAUCAAAAAACAUUCGACCCAGAACCCUUUCAACUUCGCUUUCAACAGCAAAGUAUUCGAAUCAGCUACGGUACCUGUAACAGCAGCUCAUCUAUACGACGCGGUUCAAAUUUACGCUCGUUCGUUAACGGAUAUACUGUACGAAAACGGCGAUAUAAGAAAUGGUAAAAACGUAUUAUACAAAAUGCUGAAUCAGACGUAUCAUUCUAUACAAGGAUUCGAUGUUUACAUAGACGAGAACGGCGACGCUGAAGGAAACUACUCUGUAAUCGCUGUACAAAACGAUACCGAUGAAAAAGGCAUAACGAAGAUGAAAAUGCAACCAGUGGGCUAUUUUCUAUACAUGAUAAAUAAAACACACGACUUACCAGAUUUCAGGUACUUCAACGAAAGCAAACCAUUCCAAUGGAUUAACGGUAAAGUUCCAAUCGCCGAACCAAAAUGUGGCUUUUAUAAUGAAAAAUGUGUUCCUAAUAUUAACUGGAAGACGCCGCUGUUGGUGGGAAUACUAUCCGUGGCUCUUUUCGUCGGACUCGCUUUCGGUAUAAAGCACUACAGAUACGAACAGAAACUCGCUUGUUUGUUGUGGAAAGUUGAUAUAAAAGACGUUACCAUCAUCGAUGCUCCGAUCAAAGACGAACGAAUGAAACGGAUCAUCGAUAAAAAUGCUAAACCGUACAUCGAAGACAAUGUUCCUCAGAACUGUCGAACAACUUUGGCCUAUUACAAAGGAAACAUCGUUGUGAUGAGAAGAAUACAUAAAAAGACCGUAGAUUUAAGCAGAACAAUUCGAAACGAACUGAUACAAAUACGAGAAUUACGACACGAAAACUUGGUACAAAUAAUCGGAGCAUGCGUCGAUCCUGGAAACGUAUUCAUUCUGAUGGAAUACUACGCCAGAGGCAGUCUGCAAGAUAUUUUAAUGAAUUUCGAUAUAAAAUUAGACCAAAUGUUUAUUUCAUCCCUAGUAGCGGAUAUUUUACGCGGUAUGAUUUACCUUCAUCAAAGUGUAAUCCAUUGUCAUGGCAAUCUACAGUCGAGUAAUUGCCUCAUUGACAGCAGAUGGGUUUUACGAAUAUCCGAUUUUGGAUUAGUAGAAUUCAAAGCCAAUCAAGAAGAUCCAGAUAUACAGUUGAAAGAACUAAAACGUAAAUUAUAUCGUGCUCCGGAGUUAUUAUCGCGAAACCGAAAUGCUUCUAUUAAAGGUACACAAAAAGGCGAUAUAUAUUCGUUCGGGAUACUGCUUUACGAAAUCGUAGGCAGAUCAGGUCCUUGGGGUGAUAUAAGUAUUGACGACGAAGAGAUUAUUUACCGCGUUGAAAAUGGAUACCAAAAUGGUAGAUUGUUUCGGCCUAAUGUUAACGUCCUGCAGACGCAGAAAUUCAUCGUAGACUGCAUGGAAAAAUGCUGGAAUCAGGAUGCCGAUCAAAGACCCGAGUUUACACUCGUGCGAGAAUUAUUAAAAGGCCUGCAUAGUGGACUUAAGCCAAACAUAUUCGAUAAUAUGUUAGCUAUUAUGGAAAAAUACUCGUACAAUCUCGAAGAACUUGUACGUGAAAGGACUGAGCAAUUAAGCCAAGAGAAAAAAAGAACUGAAGAACUAUUACACGAGAUGUUACCUCCAACCGUAGCCGAAACGUUGAAAAAUGGUCAACGAGUGAUAGCCGAAAGUUACGACUGUGUUACUAUUUAUUUUAGCGAUAUAGUAGGAUUCACUGCGUUGUCAGCCAUUAGCACUCCUUUACAGGUUGUCGACUUACUCAAUGAAUUGUACACAACUUGCGAUUCGAUUCUCACCCAAUACGAUGUGUAUAAAGUCGAGACUAUCGGAGACGCUUAUAUGGUGGUUAGUGGAUUACCGUUGAAAAAUGGCAACAUGCAUGCCGGUGAGAUAGCUUCGAUGGCUUUACAAAUGUUGAAAAACGUUGGCAAGUUUAAAAUAAGACACAUACCGGAUGAAAGAUUGAAAAUUCGUAUAGGGAUUCAUUCAGGGAGCUGCGUUGCUGGUGUAAUUGGAGUAAAAAUGCCUAGAUAUUGCUUAUUUGGUGAUACAGUAAAUACAGCAUCACGAAUGGAAGCGACUGGUAAACCUUUACAAAUACACAUAUCGAAAAGUACUAGAAAUUUAUUACAAGAAUUAGGAGGAUAUUAUUGCGUAGAAAGAGGCCUGGUGCAUAUCAAAGGAAAAGGAGAAAUGAUGACAUACUGGCUCGUCAACGAAGACCCGUCAGUAAGACAGCAGCGUUUAUCAUCUUUGAUGACACCAGUUCGUUGCACGAAUUCCAAUUUGUAUUUCGGAGCUCAACGUUCUGAAGAAGCUCCCGAUUUGAUAAAAAGACUGAAGACUGGCUCAGUGGCUGUUACUAUUGAUGAACUCGAAAGUACUACUUCGAAGAGACAAAUAUCAAUGAUGAUAUAAUUUUUUUCGUUCUUUCUGUAUUAUUAAUUAUUUUUUCCCCCCAAAAGAAAACGUGUUGUGAUAAUAAGUUACGUUUAUUACCUAUGUAAAUUAUUUUGUAUAAAUAAUUUAGAUAAAUUUUAUGUUUUGUAAUUGAAAA